CUGUUCUAGACGAACAUGGGAAAAACAGGUCAAGUCAGUAGAGAAACCACCUUUUUCAUCGAACCCGUCGUGKACAUCUUUCAAUCAGGAMGUUUCUUGAUUCCAGGAGUGAGCAUAGACAUUCAGAUCGACUACAAUGACAAUGCCUUGGUGGUGAUGGCAGCCACAGGUUCUACCUACAAGUUUAAAAUCACCAAAGCCGUGCUCCUGGUGCGUCACGUCAAGUGUUCCUAUGCCACGACCCUGGAAGUGCAGAAAAAUCUAGGUGAAAAAAAGCUGACAGCCAUCUAYCCCAUCCGUACCACCAAACCCAUCCGUCACACUCUGGAAUCCAAUCAACAAUCUUUCACGUUCAACGACAUCUUCCAACAAGCCGUCCCCGACAUUGUGACCAUGGGUAUGGUGAAAUCGACCCAAUUCAAUGGAGCCUACGACAAAACCCCCUUCCAGUUUGUGUUGGACAGUUUGAAGAGUGUGCGUUGGUUGCUGAAUGGUAUGGAACGCCCCAUUGCCCGUCUGGAAAUCUUGUCCCCCGACAAGUUGGAAGCGUACCACACCUYGUUUGAAUCGAGUGGAAAUUUUCAUCGUGGAUUUACACCAGGUAUAAAAAGAGAAGACUACAACAAUGGGUUUGCCUUGAUGCGGUUCAACUUCACGCCAGAUGGGAAAGAUGCCAAGAAUUACACCUACAAGAGAAACAGAGGCACUCUAGAAUUGCAUUUGGAAUUCACAUCCAAUCUUACAUCCAAUCUGACGUUGUUGCUGUUGCCGGAAUUCGAGAAUGAAUUGUACAUCGAUCCCAACAAGGUAGUGUCCAUGAAAAACAAUUACUAAGAUGACAAGAAAAGGAGGACUCGACAGUAAUCAGUUGCGAUGGUUGGUGGCGCAAGACCCUCAUCUAAGAAACCGAUUUUUGGGAGUCUUUGCAGCCGACGAACUUCCCCUGCUCCAGGACGUCCCUCGUCCGAGUGGAUUGAUUGUCAAUUCCGACCCGUCCCACCGACCCGGGACGCACUGGGUGGCCAUCUAUUACGGGGAAGACGGACAAGACGAAUUCUUCGACAGCUACGGGAAAUCCCCGAGCUCGUACGUGAGAGCGUGGCAGAAUCAUCUGAACCCAGGGUACGAGUACAGCAGCAASAUUCUUCAAGGCGACGACACGACCGUGUGUGGACAUUAUUGCGUUUUUUACUUGAAACAGAAAAGUCUCGGACGAACGUUAAAAGGAGUAACUGACCGGUUUCACGGUCCCAAGUCUGCGAACGAUCGUAAAAUUUGUCAUUGGGUGUGUCGCAACUCUCAAUUGUUAAAACUUCACAAAGCUCGAGAAUUUUGUCAAAGUUCGGUUUGCGUGCGUGAAGGCACGCG